ACCCUUACCCCGAGUCUCUUUCCUCUCCCUCCCUUCGCGCUCUCAGGCACAGCCUAAGUUGGGUGAGUUUCCCGCAUGCAGAUAGAGAGAGAAAAAGAGAGUGAGUGAUAGCUUCGUGUCGUCUCAUCUUGUUUGCGCAGGUCUUUUUAGCCGAUCUUCUUUGUUGGACAGGUUCGGUCUUCUGUGGCAUCUGACUGGUUCCUGCUACAAGCCUCUUCCACCUUCCUUGAGGUUGCUUCACCAAUAUGGCUCGGAUUUCUUCCGCGGGACGGACGGGGGCCCCAUGAGGUGCUGACAGAAAUGCAUCUACAUGUGGGCACCAAGUUCAGCUUUUUCUUCCGUGGUGAAAGGCGAGCAGUGACAGUAUUGCUGUGAGAAGGGUUGGUGUGAUCUCGCUACUCCUUAAAUUAAAACCGAGAAUUCGACGAGUGGGAAUAGGAUGAACUCUUUCCAUGAAAGUGGCGACAAAAGCCAUUCUAAAGAAGAUGGUGACGCAGAAGACUCUCACCGCAGUCACAACCCCUUUAUAAUCGAACCUAAAGGGUCCAUCGACAGACUAAAGGAAUGGCGGAAAGUGACCUUCACUGUAAAUGCUGCUCGUCGAUUUCGGUACACACUGGAUAUCAAGAAAUUUGAAGAACAACAGAAAUUGAAAAAGGAUCCUGCUUCUAGAUUAAGGGCCGGUACUGAUGUCAUUUUGGCUGUGGAAAGGUUCAAAAAGGCCGGGCGAGGGGCAGAGCAAGAUGAACCUCCUGAAGGAUUCCAAGUUGGCCCUAAAACAUUGGUACACAUGCUCCAAGACCGGAAAGUCUCAGAUCUUGAAAAACUUGGAGGGAUUCAUGGUCUUGGUGGUAAACUGGAUACAAACUUAGAAGAUGGUGUUAAAGAUAAACCCGAGGAGAUUCAAAGGAGGAAGGAUGCAUAUGGGUCAAAUACAUAUCCAAAAAAGAAACCCAAGGGUCUCUUGCACUUUGUGUGGGAGGCGAUGCAAGACACAACUCUUAUUAUCCUUAUAGUCGCAGCGAUCGUUUCAUUGGGUGCCGAGAUGUGGAGCCAGGGCGUUAAGACGGGCUGGUAUGAUGGAACAGCCAUUUUGGUUGCAGUCUUGCUAGUAAUUGUAACUACUGCUGGUAGUGAUUACAAGCAGUCGUUGCAGUUUAGAAACCUUAAUGAAGAAAAGGAAAAUAUUCAUCUGGAUGUGGUAAGAGGAGGUGAACGGAAGCAAAUAUCUAUCUGGGAUAUCGUUGUUGGGGAUGUUAUUCCUUUAUCUAUUGGUGGGCAGGUUCCUGCUGACGGCGUUUUGAUUGAAGGUCACUCUUUAUCUAUAGAUGAGUCCACCAUGACUGGAGAAAGCGAACCAGUGAAAAAGGAUAGUAAAAGGCCAUAUCUGUUAUCAGGAUGUAAGGUUCUAGAUGGGCAGGGGCUGAUGCUGGUAACUGGAGUUGGUGUGAACACUGAGUGGGGUCAGGUUAUGGCCUCAGUCAGUGAGGAUAAUGGAGAAGAGACACCCUUGCAGGUUCGUCUGAACGGGGUUGCAACCUUCAUUGGUAAAGUAGGUCUAACAGUAGCAGGCGUUGUUUUCAUCAUUUUAAUUAUCCGAUUCUUCACUAUAGAUUUCAAGCAGCCAGAAAAUAGGAAAUCUUCCAACAUACUCACACACAUUGUUGAGAUUUUUUCAAUUGCGGUUGUUAUUGUGGUGGUUGCUGUGCCUGAGGGACUUCCAUUGGCCGUCACGCUCACGUUAGCGUAUUCUAUGCGCAAGAUGAUGGCUGACAAAUCUCUGGUGCGGCACCUAUCAGCCUGCGAGACCAUGGGAUCCGCUACAACUAUCUGUAGUGAUAAGACUGGAACACUCACCACUAACAAGAUGACCGCCGUCAGAGCGUGGGUGGCGAAUGCGGAGAAUAAUGCAGCUAGCGCAGAUGGUGUGCCAGAAAGUUUGCGUCAGACUCUUAUUCACUCGAUUUGUCUCAAUAGUACUGGGACAGUUGCUCCUCCUAAGGAGGGAACAGAACCAGUGGUAUCUGGUAGUCCAACUGAAUCUGCUUGUCUGGGAUGGGGACUGAAGCUCGGAAUGGAGUUCAAGAAGUUGCGUCAUGCGACCACUAUUCUGCAUGUGGAGACUUUCAAUUCCACCAAAAAACGUGCUGGAGUGGUUUUUAAGAAUGAUCAAGGUGUCGUGGAAGCUCACUGGAAGGGGGCUGCCGAGAUUAUCCUCAGUUUGUGCUCUAAAUUUGUUAAUGAGCAUGGAGAAGUUCAAACGAUGACUCCUGAGAAGAACGAAGAGUUGAAGAGAGUGAUUGAGGGGAUGGCGGCCCAAUCACUUCGAUGCAUUGCAUUCGCUUACCGACCAAUUGAUGGUUCUGAUGUUCCAAGUAAUGAAGAGUCCAGCUACGAAUGGAAUCAGCCAGAUGAAGACCUUAUUUUUAUGGCCAUUUGUGGUAUCAAGGAUCCUUGCAGACCAGGCGUGCGGGACGCUGUUGAAAGAUGUCAAAAGGCUGGAGUGAAGGUUCGAAUGGUUACAGGUGAUAACAAGUUCACAGCCAAGGCAAUUGCACAAGAAUGUGGUAUUCUCACAGAAGGUGGUCUUGUAGUCGAGGGACCUGAUUUUAGAACAUGGGAUGAAGCGCGCAUCGAUAGAGAUAUUGAAAAGCUUGUAGUAAUGGCUAGGUCGUCUCCUACUGAUAAGCUCAAGCUGGUGAAGGCAUUGAAGCAAAGAUCGAAUGUCGUGGCUGUGACUGGUGAUGGAACUAACGACGCACCCGCGUUGCAUGAGGCCGACAUUGGUCUUUCAAUGGGUAUAGCAGGAACGGAAGUCGCGAAAGAAAGUUCGGACAUCAUUAUCCUCGAUGACAAUUUCACUUCUGUUGUUAAGGUUGUGCGCUGGGGACGAUCCGUCUAUGCCAACAUUCAGAAGUUCAUACAAUUUCAACUGACUGUCAAUGUUACGGCUCUUACCAUCAAUUUUGUCGCAUCAAUUUCCACUGGAGAGGUCCCUCUGACCGCAGUGCAGUUGUUAUGGGUCAAUUUGAUCAUGGACACUUUGGGAGCACUUGCACUUGCUACUGAGCCACCUACAGAUGAUCUUAUGGAUCGGAAACCAGUUGGAAGAACGGAGCCAUUGAUCUCCAACAUUAUGUGGAGAAAUAUAUUUGCGCAGGCCAUCUUCCAAGUAGUGGUUCUUUUGACCUUGAAUUUUGCGGGGAACAAAAUCUUAGGUCUUACUGGACCCGAUAAAGAAAGGGACUUGUUAAGAACCACGAUUAUCUUCAAUUCCUUCGUAUUUUGCCAGAUCUUUAACGAAAUCAACGCAAGGAGACCUGACAAAUUUAAUAUUUUCGAAGGCAUUCACAAGAAUUAUCUCUUCCUUGGCAUUAUUCUCAUUGAAGUGAUUCUCCAGUUUGUGAUCGUGCAGUUUUUGAACAAAUUUGCCCAAACAACGAAGCUUAAUGCUAAAUGGUGGGGUUUCUGUAUUGCGAUUGGCUUCAUAAGCUGGCCUGUUGCAUUCAUCUCCAAGUUUGUGCCCGUUCCGAAAAAGCAGUUCCAGCCCAACCUCACUGGGUGUUGUCGUGGAAGAAACAAGAAGUCUUCGAACGAGGAAGUUGUUCCAGGUUUGAGUGAGGUUGUUGCACUGGAACCUAAUGAACAGAACGAUGAUGGUGAUAAACGCACUGUUCCCGUUGACCAGGAAAUUAAUCAUUUGGAGAAACGGUCGGCCGCCGCCAGUGCAGUCUGAGAAUCCAGUGCAGUUUGAAAUCCAGUGCAGUCAUACCAAGAAGCUACUCUUUGUUAGCAAAAUAAAGAAGUAAAAUCGAAGCAGGCAAUUUUUGUCUACACUUCGUACUAAAGAUUGUGUUUUUCCCUCUCAUAGAUUUUAAUUGUAAUAUUUUUACAAAUGAAUUACACCUCUGUGAGUGUAAUUUUUAACUUGAUCGUUGUCUUUUACCGUAUCUAAAAGAUUCGAUCUAUUUUCAUCUAA